GAGAAAAUGGGGAGAGGAAAGAUUGUGAUAAAAAUGAUUGACAACUCGACGAGCAGGCAAGUGAGUUUCUCCAAGAGAAGAAAUGGGUCGCUCAAGAAGGCCCGGGAACUUUCCAUCCUUUGUGAUGCUGAAGUUGGACUUAUUGUCUUCUCCGGCACCGGCAGGCUCUAUGAUUUUGCCAGCUCUAGCAUAAAAUCUGUUAUUGAACGAUACGAUAAGCUAAAAGAGGAACACCAUCGGCUGUUUGAUCUUGCUUCACAAGUCAAGUUUUGGCAAAGGGAGGCUGCAAGCUUGAGACAACAAUUGCAGUAUGUUCAAGGAUGCAACAGACAACUAAUGGGCCAAGAACUUUCUGGUUUGAGUAUCAAAGAUCUACAAAAUUUUGAAAACAUAUUGGAAAUGAGUUUGAAGGGUAUCCGUAUUAGAAAGGAACAAAUUUUCACUGAAGAAAUAAAAGAACUAAACCAAAAGGGAAACCUUGUCCAUCAAGAAAACCUUGAUUUGCAUAAGAAGGUAGACCUCUUUCGUAAAGAAAAGGCAGAGUUGCAAAAAAAGGUCUACGAAGAAAGAGAAGUAAAUGAAUCAAGAUUAAGUUUACAUCAGCCUCUACAUACUAUUAGCAAUGGAUAUGACAUUCAUCCAGCCGUCCAUCUCCAGCUAAGCCAACCUCAGUCUCAAAGCAAUGAAACACAAGCAAAAGCACCGGAAUUGGGGUAUCUUUGUCAAACUGUUGAUAUGCUAUAA